AUGUUUCGUGCUUUAUUACUGCCUACGAGUGCCUUGAUCAGUAUAGUAGCCGUCCAUUUGGUUUGCCAACCUGACCACUUUCAGGUCAGAAUAUUUUUCGAUAAAAGUCUCGAGAAAAGAUCACGUAUAUAUUCGAAAGGCAACAAUAGCCUUUGCUUUUUUCCUACAAACGUUGAACAUCAUCCCGAUAUAAAGCCUAUCAAUGGCUCUACCGCCAUCACUACAUUCAGAAUCCCCUUUAAACACUGUGGCUCAAUUAAGGUAAAUAAGGGCACCUACAAAAAUACUAUUUUUGUCGAGGACUCAGAGAAAGGCGUUAAUACUAGCCACCAUAUCCUAUGUAAUUAUAAGGAUCGUGUGUUAAUGCCUAAAGUGUCCAAUGUUAGCAAGAUAAAGGUAACAUCAACUAAUACCGCUAAAUUAAAAUCGAAAUGCAAUCCUCAGAACAUUCAAAUUGAUUUGAUAUUUGAUAAGCCAUUCGAUGGCCAAUUGUAUACUACAAGCGCCUCUCCUUCCAAUAAAAGGAAAUGCCUGUACCAAGGCAUAGGCUCUAAAAACUUAACGUUCACCGUACCUUACGAUGAUUGUGGAACUAUUUUGAAAGGCAAGGAUUAUGUCAACCGUAUAAUAAUAGAGCUACCGAACGAAUACAAGGGUAAAGCUGGGUUCGAAAUUCAUUUGUUUAGAUGUCAGAAAUUAAAUAUUACAACUGAUUUACUUAGAUCUAUACCCACUGCUGAUCUAACGACAUUGAAUGCAUCUACGUUUGACAUUACGGAACAAAUGACUACAUUAUUAUCGACUUAUCCUCCCAAAACUACUACGUUAAUUACGGAUAUAACUAUAACACCACGCCCUUCUCCGUGGAGAAAGUUUUCCAGCAAUUACAAUGUUUUCAUUUCCUUCGGGGCGAAUAGCGCAUUUGCCAAACCAAAUAAGGUGUAAAAUGAUGGCUUUAAAUUCACAAACAUUCAACUCCAAGUUCUAAAUUUUAU